UCUAUGAGAACGGUCAGUUGGUUUCCUGCGUUUUGCGUCGUCUGUCCCUGAAUAGGGAAGAGCCUUCGGAAGGACUCUGCUGCCAGAUUACAAAUUGUAAACAAGUGGUGAACUACAGUGAUAUAUCUUCCCUACUAAAUUACUAGAACACACGGCUAUCAUGGAGUUGGGUCAAGGACAAGGACCUGGUUCCCAGACCAUUACCCUAAUGAAAAUUGGUCAUUAUCAGAUUGGAAAUACGCUAGGAUCAGGAACUUUUGGCAAAGUCAAAUAUGGAGAGCAUAUCCUCACAGGGACAAAGGUAGCGAUUAAGAUCCUCAACAGAAGGACCAUAAAAAAUUUAGAUAUGGUCAGUAAAAUCAAAAGGGAGAUAACUAAUCUCAAAUUGUUUCGCCAUCCACAUAUCAUUAAGCUCUAUCAAGUAAUUAGUACUCCAACGGACAUUUUCAUGGUAAUGGAGUAUGCAUCUGGAGGUGAAUUGUUUGAUUACAUUAAAGAGAAAGGAAAGUUGAAAGAAUCGGAAGCUCGCAGAUUUUUCCAGCAAAUUAUAUCUGGUGUAGAUUACUGCCACCGUCACAUGGUUGUACAUAGGGAUUUAAAGCCAGAAAACCUGCUCCUUGACCAUAACCUUCAUGUCAAAAUUGCAGACUUUGGUCUGUCAAAUAUGAUGGUAGAUGGUGAAUUUCUCCGCACUAGUUGUGGUUCUCCGAAUUAUGCUGCCCCAGAAGUCAUUUCUGGGAAACUCUAUGCAGGCCCUGAGGUUGAUGUUUGGUCUUGUGGCAUUAUCUUGUAUGCUCUCCUUUGUGGUACACUGCCAUUUGAUGAUGAACAUGUACCAUCGCUUUUCAAAAAAAUCAAGUCUGGUGUGUUCCAGAUUCCUGAUUAUUUAAAUCAGAGUGUAGUACGUCUCCUCCUCCACAUGCUUAUGGUAGAUCCAAUGAAAAGAGCCACAGUUGAUGAUAUUAAGAAGCAUGAGUGGUUUCAAAGAGAUUUGCCUGCAUAUCUUUUCCCUCCUCCUUAUGAUCUUGAUAGUUCAGUUAUUGACCAAGAUGCUAUCAGUGAAGUUUGCGAGAAAUUCCAAGUGGAAACUUCAGAAGUACAGGAUGCCCUUUUGUCAGAAGACCCACACAAUCAACUGAAGAUUGCCUACAAUCUUAUUGUUGAUAAUAAGAGAUUUGCUGAUGCUAAUGCACUGUAUAGCAAGACAGGAAUUAAUCAACUUUGGCAAGCAACAGAGAUGACAUUCUUGGGAGAAAUUUAUUCAACAACUCGUAAAGCUAAGCAAAACAGUAUAUCUGCUUUCUAUUCAGCUGGAUCUCCACCACCAAAUAAUCCACCAACACCAGCUUUCAGCCCACUGGAUUCAAGUCCGAGUAGCUGCAAGCCUCAUCCUGAGCGUAUAGCGCGUAAGUCCAAAAAUGCUUUGCGUGAAAGGGCCCUAAGUGGAGACAGAGGAGUACCAAAAGGAACGCCAGUUAAGAGAGCAAAGUGGCAUCUUGGUAUCCGUUCUCAGAGCAAACCACUUGACAUAAUGAGUGAAGUCUACAAAGCUAUGAAGGUUCUUGGAUUUGAGUGGAAGGUCGUUAACCCUUUCCAUGUGCGAGUUCGACGAAAGAACCCUGUAACUUCAAACUAUGUACACAUGGCACUUCAACUGUACCAAGUAGAUUAUAAAUCACACCUCUUGGAUUUCAAGAUAAUAUCAAAUGAUCUUAACGAAGCCUUAUAUAAUGAAAGGAGAAGUACUCCAGCUGAGGAAGAAGGUCUUGUUACCACAAGUCACCAUGUAAUGGAAUUCUUUGAAAUGUGUGCAGCUUUAAUUACAGAACUAGCACGUUAGAUUUUUGUAGAGUAUAUGGGCAAAUAAGUGUUCAUACAUAUCUAAGCUUUGAUUUCUUACUUCUUCAAAUGGCUUCAGCAAUACAUCUGUAUUAGCAAUAAUUUUUUUUCAUUCACCUUACUUGGCUUUUGCCUUUGAAGGCAAGCCUUGUUUAGUUAUAUCAACUAUAUAAUGUGAUAGACUAAUUAUACAAAAAUUUUGUAAUCAUUAUAUCUUGUGAUAUACUGUGUAAGUGCUUUAUUGUAUAGUGGAGCUGGUCUUGUAUUUCAAAAAAGUAUACAUAUUAAACCUAUUUUAUUGGGGUUUUAUACAAAGUGCCAUUUAUCUGGUUAACUACACCUAUUAAACUUUAUAUAAUUACUUAUAUUACAAAUAUAAUACAAAUCAAAUUUUCUCUUUUAAAAUGUGGAACUCAUGAAAACCCUUUUCAACUUGUGUUGUGAACUAACAAAAAUGACAAAGAAUGGUAUUUAUGAUUGACAACACAAUUUUGCACCUUGUAAAUUACUCUAAAUUUCAGAAACUUUCUUGUUCCUAACAUCAGAGAUAAGGUAGUUCUUGCAAAAAUAAAAAAUUGUGAACAUGCAUUAUUAUGGAACAAAAAUUAAACACAAAAUUAUGUGAACAUGCAUUAUUAUGGAACACAAAAAGUAAACACAGAAUCUCUUCACAUCUCUUGUGAGGAACUAUCGCAGUUAUGACAGAAAUAACCUCAAUUUGAGUUUUAAAAGUUCCAAAAAUGUGUCAUAAAAUGUUUAGUAUGGGAAAAUAUUACAAAAAUGAAAAAAAAACUGCAUUAUCCCAAUGUGUGAUAAAUGUUAAUACAUCUUAAAAAGUCAGUAUUUUUCAUGUAUUGAAUUCCCACUUGUGUUUAAGUGAAUUUUGUACUACUCUAAGCUCUAUUGGUUUGUAAGAGAUCCUUUAUGCUCUACAUAUUUUGGUCUUGGUUCUAAUUAGCAGUGCUAACAAAUAUAAAGUCUUUCUUACUUUAGAAAAGUUGAGUCCCAUGUAGAUUUUAAUUAAUUUUACAAACUUUAUGGUGAGAAUUUGGGUUUUUCUUUGUUUACUUUGCUCUUCCUAAUGUAAAUAUAUAUGCACCUUGUGCUAUGUUUUGUUACUUAACUGUACUACAGUUAUUUUUCUUCUUUCCAGCUGUCAUUUCCCUACUAAACAAACAAUGUUCUGUAAAUAUAUAUACAAUAGUGAUGUACAUCUGUAACUACUACUGUACAAAUACCUAGUACAUUGCAUGUAUAUCCCACAAAAUGUAAAUAAAAAAUUAUAAAUACAGUAUAUAUUAUUAUUUAAUUCUAAAUAAAACUUUUAUAAAGUAUUUUAAAUUUGUUAAAUUUGAAAUAAUUAUGUUCCUAAUUAUGACAGUGGAGCAAGGUAUACAACAAACCUACCAACACAGUUCAGUGAACAUUCUUGAAAGGCCUAAUACUAGAGUUUUAAUUUUUGUAAUGAUAAGUAAGGAAGUGCAGGAAAAAGAAGAAAAGCAUAUAUAUGACCUUUUUGUAGAGUAAAAAAAAAAAAACAAAUUUUAACUGCAAGAAAAAAGUAGAGUAUAUGGCAUAAGGGACAUUGGUAGAGUAAAAUUUUGUUAGAAACUGCAGGAAAUCUGAAAAACAUAUGAUAAAAGCAACAAUUUUAGAGUAAAACCCAAAUUUUAACAAUUUUAACUAAAGAAAAUGGUAGAGUAAAAACCAAAUUUUAACUGCAAGAAAAAAAGUAAUACAUGGUAAAAGUGACAGCACAAAUUUUAAUAGCAAAAUAAAGUGCAUGAUAAAAAGGACAUUGCAAAUUUUAACUGCAAUAUAAAUUACAUGAUAAAAAGGACAUUGCAAAUUUUAACUGCAAGAUAAAAAAAGUAUAUAAGAGGGGCAUUGCAAGUUUUAACUGAAGUAUAAAGUACAUGAUAAAAAGGACAUUGCAAAUUUUAACAAGUAUAAAGUACAUGAUAAAAAGGACAUUGCAAAUUUUAACUGAAGUAUAAAGUACAUGAUAAAAAGGAUAUUGCAAAUUUUAACC